AUGGCUUCCAACAAACGAUACGCCUUGGUGCCUAUGGACGAGGGCCCUUCCGCGCCAUCCAAAGAACGGAAGCGCGAUCGGUCACGGUCUCCGAAGCGGCGCAGGCGACGAGAUGGCGACGAAUCGCCACGACAUCGACGGUCCAGAUCUCCACGAGAACGAGGCAGCGAAAGAGACAGUGACAGGAGGGAAAGGGACGGAGGGAGCGGUUCUAAAAUAAGCCGCGGUGAUACCGGACGCGACGACUCCAAAAUAAGCGACUUGCGCCUCAAGUCACGCCUCGACUACCUGGCCAAGAGAGAAACAGAGAAGCUGGCGCUGCUCCGAAAACAGGUCGCGGAAGAGACAGCUGAGUUGCGGUCUGGUGUACGGCUAUCGGAACGGGAAAAAGCAGACUUCGCCAAAAAUCGGGAAAUCCUACGGCUGGCCGAGGAGCGAUUGCGCAUCGACGACUACCAAGACGGCUACCGUCUACCUGACCAAUAUGGGGCCGAUAGCAAGAAGAAGGAGGAGGCGCUGAACAGGCGCCAUGUGGAGAGGGAUCAGUUCGGAAACGAGAAGCACAUCACCGAGUACGAAGAAUGGGAACGAGAACAAACCGUCAAGGCAAAGGCGCAAAUCCAGAGCCGGGAGCGUGAGGAGGAGGAGGGCAAGUACGACUUCUUGCUGGACGAAGAUAACAUUGCGUUUGUUCGCGAUGCGGCCGCAAAGCUCGCCCAGCCUAGUGACGGUUUGACCCAGGAGCAGAGGGUACUCAAGGCCCGGAUCGAGGCAGCGGAACGGGCGCACAUGUCCAUCCAAGAGGUCCGGAAGAGCCUCCCCGUAUACGCCUAUCGUGAGGCUUUUCUGGACGCCAUCAAAGAAUACCAGGUUCUGAUUCUUGUCGGUGAGACUGGUUCAGGAAAGACCACGCAAAUACCCCAGUACCUUCACGAGGCAGGUUACACUAACGAAGGGAUGAAGGUUGCCUGUACGCAACCUCGUCGUGUUGCGGCCAUGAGUGUUGCUGCUCGUGUCGCUGACGAGAUGGGCGUGAAGGUGGGCAGGGAGGUUGGAUACUCGAUCCGUUUCGAAGACUGUACCAGCGAGAAGACUAUUCUCAAAUACAUGACGGAUGGUAUGCUUCUGAGGGAGAUGGUAACAUCACCGACAUUAGAAGGAUACUCGGCCAUUAUCAUCGACGAGGCCCACGAAAGAACUGUCCAUACCGAUAUUCUGUUGGCUUUGAUCAAGGAUCUCACCAGAGCAAGACCAGAGCUGAAGCUCAUUAUCUCGUCAGCUACCCUCAAUGCUGAGAAGUUCAGCGGUUACUUCGACGGAGCGCCCAUCUUCAACGUUCCCGGCAGAGUCCAUCCCGUGGAGGUCUACUACACAGAAAAGCCCGAAGCCAACUAUGUGGAAGCCAGCAUUGCCACAGUCUUUCAACUGCACGCGACGCAACCCGAAGGCGACAUUCUCGUGUUCCUUACAGGUCAAGAAGAAAUUGACCAUGCCUGCGAGCAGGUUACAGAGAUCAAGCGGCAGCUAGGGAGCCGAGUGCCCGAAAUCAUCGCGUUACCAAUCUAUGCCAACAUGCCUUCAGAACUACAAGCCAAGAUUUUCGAACCCACGCCACCGAAAGCAAGAAAGGUGGUGUUUUCCACGAAUAUUGCCGAAACCUCGCUGACAAUUGAUGGCAUCGUCUAUGUCAUUGACUCGGGUUAUGCCAAAGAGAACACCUUUAGCCCAGUCGGUACGACUGGUCAGUCAACGUUGGCUGUCGUGCCCUGCUCUCGAGCUGCCGCCAACCAGCGUAUGGGUCGUGCUGGUCGUGUCCGCCCAGGAAAAUGCUUCCGUCUUUACACCAGGUUUGCCUACUUGUCCGAAAUGGACGAAUCGCCAACUCCUGAGAUUCAAAGGACGUCGCUCUCCAGUGUGGUUCUGCAACUCAAGGCUUUAGGUAUCGAUGAUCUCCUCAACUUUGACUUCCUUGACCCCCCACCCACCGAGCUUCUCAUCAAGUCUCUCAACCUUCUCUAUGCCCUUGGAGCACUCAACUCCGCUGGCGCCUUGACACGUGUUGGUCGGCAAAUGGGCGAGUUCCCAGCUGAACCUAUGCUUGCCAAGGCACUCAUCGCGGCCACCGCUGAAGAGUGUGUCUCGGAGGUUCUCACCAUUGUCGCAAUGCUCGGCGAGGUAGCAACCCUUUUCUUCCGGCCCAAGGACAAGGCGGUCCACGCCGAUUCUGCCAGGGCGCGGUUCACUGUCAAGGACGGUGGUGACCACCUGACUCUGCUCAAUGUCUACAACCAAUGGGUAGACUCGGACUACUCUCCCAUCUGGGCAAAGGAAAACUUCCUCACGCAGCGAAGUUUGACCAGAGCCCGUGAUGUCCGAGACCAGCUCGCCAAACUGUGCGAUCGAGUGCUCGAAGGGUCCGAAUCAUCUUGCGGUGGGAUAUCCAACAUGAACCCGAUUCUUCGAGCUCUAACGUCGGCCUUCUUCUUGAACGCGGCUAGGUUGAACCGCAGUGGUGACGGGUACAGGACGCUGAAGAACAACAUGACGGUAUACGUGCACCCGAGCAGUGUCGUCAGGGGUAUUGAUCCGCCACCAAGGGUCAUUAUUUACCACGAGUUGGUGGUGACGAGCAAGGAGUUUGUGAGGAGUGUCAUACCCAUUGACCCCAAGUGGCUUACAGAGUUUGGAGGGCAUUACUAUGACAAGAAGGACGUGGAAGCCAUGGAAGGCAAGAAGGUCCCGAAGCAGAGGUCCUAA